UGACAUUGGUUUGAUGACAAGUUGUAUUUCUCUCUCGAUGGCUUCUUUUGGAUUCAUUAGUCUUUUGCUGCUUUUUACUGUGUCACCAAUUGAUGCUUUAGUUGAUUUUAAUCAAAACUAUUCUCCUUUUUGGGGUCAAAAUCAUAUAACUUUUCUUAAUCAAAGUACUGAGGUGCAACUCCUUUUGGAUAGAAACUCAGGAGCUGGAUUUCGUUCCAAAUUACAAUAUGAGUCUGGAUUAUUUACAAUGAGGAUGAAGAUACCAAACAAGAAAACCAAUGGAGUUAUCACAACUUUCUACCUAAUUUCAGAUGAUCAAGCUCGAGGGGUCAAUCAUGAUGAGAUUGACUUUGAAUUUGUAGGCACUGAAGGAAAUUUGCAGACCAAUUUGUUUGCUAACGAUAUGGGUGGCAGAGAAGAAGUCUACCAGCUUCCCUUUGAUCCUUCAGAGGAUUAUCAUACUUAUCAAAUUCUUUACAGUCCCUACCGCAUAGUGUUUUUUGUGGACAACAUACCAGUAAGGUCAUUCGAGAACAACAAAAUGAAAGGUAUCAACUUCCCAACAAGGCCAAUGUGGAUAGAAGCAAGCAUAUGGUAUUCACAAAGUGUUUGGGCUGGAGCUAUAAAUUGGAACGAAGAACCAUUUAUAGCUUACUAUCAAGACUUCGAUAUUUCUGGCUGUCCUCACCAACUAGGCAGUGAUUGCAAGUCUCCAGUUCUGAAUCCAUGGAACAGGCACAAAUUAGACCCUAAUCAGUUGCAGCUUAUGAGGAAUUUCAGGCACCAACAUAUGAUUUAUAAUUAUUGUAGGCGUAAUGGAGCUAAGUUCCCAGAAUGUGCUCCUCAUAAUGCUUAG